AUGGCAGUGUUUCUCCGUUUUUUCAGCCAGCGGCACUCCCCGAGGAGAGGCAGUCUUGAAGAUGUAGCAGCCGUAUCUCCUCGUGAGAAGGAGCUACUAACUCUCGAAAAGCAUCCCCGUUCUGAACCGCCUUCGUCUGAGAGCCCAGACGUGCGCCCAGACUCGGAGGAGACGCCUUUGGCAUGCGGGAGCACACAGUCUGUACUCGCAGGGCUUGCAGUCGGUGUGUUUUUGGUGCUUUUGUGGUUCUUGCCUCUGAAAGAUGUGCUUCGUCAGGUUGUGGAGUGCCAAAGGAAUAGCCCCGCAACAUACGUGUUAACUUACAUCGUCGCUGGACUGCUCAUUCCCGCUCCGCUGCUUUCAGUUUUGGCGGGGGUGUUGAUGGGACCUUCCCCUCUCGCUGUGGUUGUUAUUCUCUGUGGGAGUUUGGGUUCUGCCUGCCUAGCGUUUGCUAUAUCUCGUUUCUUGCUGCGGCAGUUUGUUGUACGGCGGUUUGUGCGUCGCAGCCAACAGCUACAAGCCAUUGAGUUAGCAUUGCAGAAGGACUCAGUGAAGCUUGUACUGUGCACGCGGGUGAUACUACCUUUUACCUUCAACAACUAUUUCUUGGGAACAACGCCCAUAUCAGCUACGACUUUCGCCCUUUCUACGGUCUUGACUGGCAUACCGUUCGCCGUUCUGUAUGCAAUAGUGGGGGGAGAGCUGCAAAGCCUCGACAGCGCACUGGCCGCGAAGUCGUUUGCACUUCAGGGGACAGAAGUCAACGUCUUCGGACUCUGCACGGUGUCUAAGAAGCACUUGGAGGUCACAGGGAUAUGCGCUGGGAUUUGUUUGUGUUUUUUUGUGGUGCGGACGAUUAAGCAGUUUGCCUCUCGAGUAAUUGCAGAAGCGCAGCUUGAGCCAAGAGGAUAA